UUUAGAUUUUCUGUUAAAAAUGAAUUCUAAAAAACACACGUUUUUGACAUUGAAGCAAAAAGCUGAUAUUCUCGAUUCUUUAAAAAGAGGCUCAUCUAUGACGUUCUUAGCAAAGAAAUAUAAUGUUGGUAAAUCAACAAUUUGUGGAAUCAAAGCAAAAAAAUAGUGAUUUUAAAGUUCGUGAACAACACAUACUCGGGACCUGGACAAAGAAGAACUCUGCGUCCUUCAGAGCUGCCCAAAAUGGAGAAAGCUCUUCAUCGUUGGUUUAUCAAAAUGCGGAAUAAAAACUGGCCAGUAAGUGCCUUAAUGUUGAAAGAAAAGGCCAAAGUACUGCAUGCACAAGUAAAGGAAAAUGAAUCUAACUUCAACGCUAGUGAUGGAUGGCUUCAAGGAUUUAAAAAAAGGUACGGUAUUCGACUGCUACAAAUAUCAGGCAAAAAACUAUCUUCGCUGCCUCAGCUCGUGGAUCUAUUUAAGGAAAAACUUAGAGCUAAAAUGGCCGAACUGGAGCUGUGUAACGACCAGUUAUAUAAUGCUGAUGAGUCAGGCUUAUUCUGGAAACUUCUGCCAGAAAAAACGUACGUGCCCAGUAUGGAAAAGAGAGCCCCAGGCGUUAAGUCGGAAAAGCAGCGAAUCACGUUUUUAUGUUGCUCAAACGCCACUGGAUCUCAUAAACUGAAACUUUUGGUAAUUGGAAAGGCAAAGAACCCACGCUGCUUUAAAAACUUUCAAUGCCCCACAGACUAUAAGAGCUCAAAACCGCCUGGAUGACGUCGGCUGUUUUCAAGGAAUGGUUUCAUGAGUCCUUCGUUCCACAGGUGAGGAUUUAUUUUGUAUUUUAUUUAACUUUUUUCUUUUUAAUUCGUUUUUUAGGUAACGUCAUUUUUAAAGGAGAAAGGUUUGCCAAUAAAAGCUCUACGGCAGGUGAUGACGAUUCCGAAGAGAGUGUUCCGCUCGCAGUUUUAAAAGAAAAAUGGGGAGCUGAACUUCGCGCCUUGAUGAGCAAUACCGUCGAUCUCCUUAACAGUUUGAAUGCUGAGGCUGAAUUAACGCUACCAAGCGUUCAUGAAUGGAACGAAGAUAUUGAAGAUGAUAAUGCAAAUGACGAGAAUGAAGAAGAAGACGAUUCCGAUGAAGGCAGCAUAUCGGAGGUAGAGGAGAAAAUUAAGCGGACUGAAGCAGUUGAAAUUUUCAACAAGGCGAUAAGGUGGGCUGGUCAUGAAGACGUCGAUCCAAAUGAUGUAAAUGUACUAAGAUGUCUAAGAGAGAAAGCUGUGCUCCAACUUUUAGAAACACAGAAGAUACAGAAAAGGAUGACUGAUUUUUUCAAAUAAAACCUAGAUUUUGUAUAAUAUGUGUUACGUAAAAAUGUAUAUGUAAUGAAAACAUGAAUAAAAUGUGAAUUCCAAUAUAUAAA